AUAGCAACGUUUUGUUGACAUCACUGAUAAUAAAAUAAUUACCUAUUUCGCUUUUAAUUUUGAAAGAAAUGGUCAGAAAUGGUUCUAGUAGAUGGCGAAUUCUCCGAAGAAAAACAAUACAAAAUUCUCAUCGUAGGAGAACCUGCUUGCGGAAAAUCUAGCUUGGUAUUGAGAUACUGCCACGAUGAAUUUUCUCGUCAAUAUUAUCCCACCGGAGGAGUCGAUGUAUUCCUCAAAAGAACACUGGUUGAAGCUCAAAGUGUCCGAUUAGUCAUUUGGGAUAUUAGUGGGAAUGCUUUAUCGAGCACACUGCUCGAUAAAUACCUAUACGGAGCUCAUGCCGUUUUACUGACUUUCGAUAUUACGAACAGCACUAGUUUCGUUGCUCUUCCGGCAUGGUACAAUGCAGUUCUGAAUAUCACUUCGUCGUCUAGCUUAGGCAGACCUCUGAUCUCCGUUAUUGCUAAUAAAUUAAGCUUAUUUUUUUUAGGUGAUAUUGAACAUCAACGAGCAGUACCCCUCGAUAAGCAACGUAAAUUUGUCAACGAAAAUAGACUGUUUUUACACAGCGUAUCAACCAGAACUGGUGACAAUGUUGCAUUGACAUUUCAAAGAAUCAUCGCAUCGUUAUUAGGGAUUAAAUUAUCAAAAUUAGAAAUAGAAGCAAAUCAAAAAGUGGUCAAAGCCGAAGUAUUCGUUAGCCAUCCUCAUCAACAUAAUACUUCAACUCAAACACCAUCUUCGAUUUGUACAAUACAAUAA